AUGUGGUCGAUACUCUUCUUAUUGUAUGUGUCGCUGUCAGUGACCGAUGGUGCACCAAGAACUGAUUGCACCGUAUCAGGAUUAUCUGCUGGUGGGUCAAUGGCAACGCAAUUGCACAUUGCAUUUUCAAAAGAUAUAUCGGCCGCUGGUAUUAUCACCGGACCGCCAUAUUAUUGCGCACAAGGGAGUAUGUUAACUGCCAUUGGUGCAUGUAUGAAUGGUCCAGCCACCUCUGUUGGCGUUACGGCGAUUCAAAAUAAACUAAAAUCUUAUGCAAGUGCCGGCACAGUAGAUUCAUUAAAUAACUUAAAUGGUGAUCCUGUUUACAUAUUUCAUGGUAAAACUGAUCGGACUGUCGUUGAGGGUGUGGUUAAACUUAACGAACAAAUAUAUCAGCCCUACAAUAUAAAUUUGAAAACAAACUACGAUUCACAAGCGAAUCAUGGAUUUGUGACAGAUAAUUUUGGUGGUAGUUGUACAACAUUAAAUUCACAAAAUUAUAUCAACAAUUGCAAUUUUAAUCUAGCCUAUGAUAUGUUAAAUCAUCUGUACGGCGGAAAUUUAGUGAAACCAACGGGCACAACAACGUUGGGUGGACAAUUGAUUGAAUUCGAUCAAGGAUUAUUUAUUAAUCCAUCAAUAAUGAAAGAAAAUACACGUGGAGUAUUUGAUUUGUGGUCACAAUGGAUUGAUGCCACACUCGCAUUAUACAAUCCAGCCAAUUAUCUACCGGGCUUAUCGGGCAUAACGCUACCUAACAUUACAUUACCAGGAAUAACAACCGCCACAUCAUCAUCAGCCAGCUCGAUCGGAUUCGAUACAACUGGUUAUUUGUAUGUUCCAUCUGGUUGUACAAAAGGUAAAGGUUGUUCGAUUCAUGUUGCUUUACACGGAUGUAAACAAGGUAAACAAUUUGUCAGUAAUGUGUUUGCAUCGAAAGCUGGUUACAAUGAAGUGGCAGAAUUGAAUAAUAUUAUUGUCAUCUAUCCACAAGUUAAAUCAUCUACUUUUCCGUCCAACCCAAAUGGUUGUUUCGAUUGGUGGGGUUAUGGUAACGUCAAUUAUGCAAAUAAACAAGGACCACAAAUGGUGGCCAUCAAAAACAUUAUUGAUACUGUGAGAGCGAUUCAUGCUUGA